AGUGGAGAGGGGAGAGGCGGGAGGGAGGGAGGGAGGGAGGGUGGGAGAGUGAGAGGAAAAGAGUUCUAUUAGAUCAUAAUAUGAAGGAUCUACCCUUCUUUGUUAUAUUGUACAUUUAUAGUGUUUCUUAGAAACAGUGAAACCUGCAUGGAAAAUAGAUUGCCGUUAAAAACAAAUAUGCUUCUGGCUUUGAUCAAUCAAUUGUAAAUUUCAUGGAAAAAAUGGCCAUUUAUUUUGCUUAAAUGUAUGUAAUAAUCAUAUUAGUAAAUGUAUUGCAUGAAACGUUCAUAUGUUUGCCAUAUACAAAAAUGGGUAUGUUAUUAUAUACAGGCAUGUUUGUUAUACAAAAAUGAUUAUGGGGUAAUUAUUGAUCAUAUUAAGAAUAACACAGUAAUAUUUGAUGUAUAGUAAUAAACGAUUUAUUGAAAGCAAAUUCGAAAACUUCGAAUGAAUAAAUCAUAAUUCAAUUUGUUCUUUCUGCUUAAGAGAGAAAGUAUUCGGUAAUCCAUUAAUGUUUUCCAUGUAAGUUUUGUAUGUACGGCGAUAAGAAGCGGAACAUUCUUUCUUUAUUUCUUCUUUAUGCCGACGCACAUUGUUUUCCCUUUUCCUUUUCUUUUUUGUUUUCUUUUUCUUUAGUUUUUAUGUUAUUAAAAAAUUAAAAGAAAAGAAAGAAAAUUAUAAAAAGUACUAUACAUUAUAUGUCUUUAAGAUACAAAUUUAGAGAUUUGUAGCGUGAUGAUCGAGAAUUUUAUGGUGUAGGUUGUUUAUAGAGAAACACGCGAAAAGAUCGAUUAUAAACAAAAUAUUUCAUGUAAAUGUGUUAAAUUGGAAAUGUAAUCGUCGGUUACAUUUAAGGUAUACAGAAUAAAAAAAACGAGGGAAUGUUGUAAAUUAUCUUUAUUAAAGGAGAAAGAGAAUAAUACAGUUAUAAUUUUAAUAUUUUGGAUUCAUGUACGAUUACACAAAUAAUUAUGCGCAUUAUAAUAAACUUUUAUGUGUAUUCAGUAAAUCUUCAUUAAACAAGCUAUUCUGUACAAGCGAUUAUAUCACAAAAUAAAAAUUAUGUUUGAUUCAUAUUUACUUACUUUUUAAAUGCGAAGAUAUUCGAUUUCUUCAGCAAUACACAUGAGUGGAUGAUAUAUAUACAAAUAUAAAACGUUAGGAGCAACAUAGACUGCAACCUAUGUAAAAUAUACAUUUUAAAUCGAAUCAUUUUAUUUAGUAACUCUUUCCCAAAAUCAUAAUAUAUUAUUCAUAUGCAAAUUCAUUACUAUUUUACUACAAUAUCACAAUUAUUGGAACAUGCAUGUAAACUGAUAUAUUAAAUUCUAUUAUGAUAUAAAUGAUAAUGAUCUAUUUAUUACCCUGUCCUCUCAUGAUGUAUUGUAAAAAAUUUUUAAUUUGUAGUUAUCUACGUAUGUUAUCUCAUAAUAUACGUAAAUUAAUAUACGUAAAUUGUAUAAUGUAAUUUAACUUUAUUUUAUCAAUUUAUACAAUUUAUAUUUAUCAAGAUAGUUUAAAUAUUAGUCAUCACAUUUAAAUACACUUUCAAUUAACGGCAAAAUGAUUUGAAAAAAUUUUAGUGUAAAAUUGAAAGUAUAUCCUAGAAAAAUAAUUGAAAAGUAUUUUUUUUAUAUCUGAUUGAGAUUCUCUUAUAUUUUUAAAAAAUUCAUAGUAUCAUAAAAUUUAUAUAAAAUUAUAUAUCGAAAUAUUAUAAUUGAAUUAAUUUUUAUUAUUUAUCAUAAUUUUUCAAUUAAAAUAUCAAUUAUAAUUAUAUAUUAAUUAAUUGAUAAUCAAAUUAUGAUAAUUUUUUGAUUUUUUUUUUCAUUAUUCAACAAAAAUUUAAAUUAGAAUUAAAAACCAAAUGAUUUAUUAUUUUAUAUAUUUAAUUUUUUUUAACGCAAUAUUUAUAAAAAAAUUAUUUUCAAAAUAUAUUUUUAUAACAAUAUUUUAAAUGAAAUAUUUCAAAAUAUUUGCAAUUGAAUAAUAAUGAAUUCAUUCGAAAUAUUUCUUCGCAAAAUUAUAAAAAAUAAAGAAUUAUAAUAAUUAAUUUUCCGUUUCAAAGAACAAAGAUUUUAUAAAUACGUUUAUUAAAUUCAUAUAUAUAAUGAUAUAUUACAUAUAAAAUUAAUUAAAAAUAAUAAAAAUAUCAAGAAUAACUACAAUAAUAUUAAUAAUAUAUAUAUUAAUAUAAAUAAUAUAAUAUAUAUAAUAGUUAUUAUCGUAUAAUUAUAUUGUAAACGAAUUCAUUGAAUCCAUGUAAAUAUUUUAACAAUUAUAUAACAAUAAUUAAUAAUUUUUAAUAAUUUUCGAGAUUCGAAUUUUCAUGCAGAGAAAAACUGUAUGUAAACGUUCGAUCUGCGCAUCCCCUCUACUGUUUCGUUCCACAACUGCACUAUACAUACUACGAUCAGUCGAUUGGCGCGGCGGCAGUUCAGUCUGUGUUGAUCGCUCGCACGGUGUAUGUUAUAUGGUAUGUUGAUGUGAUAUGUGUAACGCCGGUUUUUCAAAGCAAUUAAUGAUCUCAAGAAAAACACAAUUGUCGGAUUGACGUUUCUUGUGGUGUGAGAAACUUCGUCGGAGUCUGCGCGCAGGCAGCGCGGACGAAUCGCAUCGCGAGCAUGCGAGCCCGCUGAAGCCUCACGUGUGCAUUUGAAUUUUCAAUAAGAUCAUCUGCCAGAUAGUGUAGGUGUAGUUUGUUUGGUGCAAAAGGUGAUACUCAGAUCCAACUCGGUGCAUUCUCGUCUUCGAAAACGUUGGCAGACUUUGCGGAAUGUGGCACGAGGAGGAGCAUCUCGGAAGCCAUGCCGGCUAACGAGUUCUCUGGACAUAGAAGCAGACCAAGGCUGCAACCACCUUAACGAACCGCUAUUCUCACUAGCAAGGUCAUCGGGCGGACCGGAUCUAAUCAUGCUCACGCCGACUAUGUUUCCUGUGCUCUCGUUCCUCCUUCUUAACGACGUGAGGCAGAAGAUCGAACAUUAAAAAUUUCGACUUUGAAAAACCGUUUAAAAAACCGAUUGUUAAAAUUCAAGAUUUCAUUUAAAAGCAAGAUAAUAUAAUAAGAAACAACCCAUCGAUCAUUUGAAAAAGAGGAAACGAAUCAGCCAGGAAAAGAAAUAUUAUUGAUAAUACUGCUCUCAUCUCCCUUGUGGAGAAGCGUUUAAUUUCCGAGUUUUUACGAGUUGUAGAUAGAAGCUGAAAUGAUAAAGUUAUUAACGAGAUAGUUAGAAAUGGAUAGAAAAAGUAUUUAUGUACGAAUAUAUAAUUCAAUACUUAAUUAAUAAAACGUAAUCAAAGAACGAAAAUAAAGUGGGACCAAGUAUUUAUCUAAGUACAAUAAUUUUUUUAUUUACAAUUUAUUAAGAGUAAACUCGAGUAAAAUAACGUAUUCUUUAAAUAAAAGAUAGGAUAAUCAUGCCUUUAAAGCGGACGGUCCCUGUUCUCAUGCUUCAUUACAAAGUAAUUCACCUAAACUAUUCUGAAGCAUGAGCUGAAAGAUAGCUAGAAAUGUAGACUGCUUAUUGAAUGCCGUCGCCAUGGUGGAGCUGGUGUGUAGCAACUCCCUAAGUCCAGGAACCUAUUCAUGUGUUGAAAAAUUCGUAAAAGAAAAGAACAAGGAAAAAUCGCACAGAAAUUCAACAUCUGACGAUAACUAAUUAGAAGAAAAAAAAAAAAAGAAAAAAAAAAGAAUUUUUUAAAAAAUUUUAUAUAAAAAAGAAAUUUCCAAUAUCUAAAACGUCACAUGAAACGAAUCCCGCGUGGUGCCAUGUAGAGGAGCAACCUUCCUUCUGACAAUCCAGCAUCGAGUAAUGCUGAAACACAUCCUGACGGGGCAACCGUCGUCAGCGGGCUCCAGGCACCAGCACAAUGAUUAUCAAGCGAGCUCGGGCUCGUUGCACGGCGGCCACCAUCAUCACCAUCAUUCCAGUCACCAACAGGAUCAGCAGCAACACCUUCAUUACAACCAAAGCAGCAACGUUCGUGGAACAGGAAGCCAAGGACGGGGAGUCGACGUUUACGACUCUGUAGUCCAUCAGAGAGGCAAUGUGCAUCAAGCUGCCACGACGCCAUCGUCCACUCACAGACAUCCUCUGAAUCAUUCCCAAUUGAGCGUGAACAAUCUGUCCCAACGAUUAAAUCAUUCCCAUGCCCUUAACUUGUCUACGUUGUCCACGUCGAAGCAUUCGGUGAAUAGUGUUAGUCCUGUCGGUGGUGGAAACAACAACAACAACAAUAAUAACAAUAACAAUAAUAAUAACAACAACAACGUGUCGACUUUGGGACAUACAAUAGUAUCCCAGGUGCCGUUGCAUCAAGAUAGCAGACCCAAAGCGAAUGGAGGCUUCGAUAUUUCAAGACUGUCCAGGUUACCCAGUCAGACGACACCUUCACCUGCACCUGUUCUCCAAGGUACGACUGUCGGCGGCCAGUUGACCGGUGCUGGUUCUACGGCGUUCCCGUUGAACGCUUCCUGGUCCUCGUCCCUAUCGAGGAAUCACAAAGACCACGAGACCGGAGCGAAAGAGACGUUGACCAGUUUAGGCUUGUUGUGUCUGGUGUCGUUAUUAUUGGCAUUACUCUCGUUAAUCUUCUUGCUGAAGAUUUCACCGUUAACGGUGACGCCGAGUAGCCUGAUCAGCCCGGAGGAGUAUACGAUUGUGUACGAGGUGACAUUGGCGCUGUGCGCCCUCGCCCUCUCCUUGAAUCUUUGUUGUCUCCUCGUUUGCGCUAUACAGUUCCUCUUCACAGUGAAGCUUGUCAAGACUUCGUAUCAAGGACACUGGAGUAACAAGUACCUGCAAAAAUCAUCCAUCAGUCGGAUAUGUGCUGUCGGAGGAUUUUUCAUUAGCAUUCCUGUUUUUCUAACUGGUAUGAUAUUGUACACAUUCAUCCAGUUUCAUUCAACACCGGCAAUCGUCACGUCCGUUUUUAUAGGUCUUGGCAUUGUGUUUUGUGGAUGUGCAAUGGUUCAUAACGUCUUCGUGUGGCAGAGGGAGAAGACGAACGCCGUAAAGGCGUUAGCGCGCGAACAAUGUGAAGCGGCAGUACAAUUGCAGCGUCAACAGCAAUUACAGCAGCAAAAUCAACCUCAAUUACAACAGCAACAACAACUACGUGGUCCAUUGACUAUCCACUAUGCUGGCUGUCCUACAAAAGUUGGAUCUGUGACAAAUCAACUAAAUGCCAGUCAUACAAUACACAGCCGUGCGACACAAUACCAACAUUAUCAUCAUCAUCAUCAUCAUCGACACGUGUCAAUGUCCCCACCGCCCUUGUUGCUUUCAUCGCCAGCUUCGAUCGCAGCGACGCACAAUCAUUUAAAUGUGAGCGGACAUAGAAACAUAGUUACGCCACCAGAUACACCGGCAGAUAGAUCGCCACCAAGUCCUGGAAAUAAAUUGAAUAGAUCGCAACAUUUGCCGCGGGAAGCGACUGGCAGUGUUAGCCCUGGACUUCCAGCUGCCACAUUGGAUUUAAGUAGUGCAGCAACUACUAAUAGUCCUCAUGAAUUGUCUACAUUGGUUUAAAAUCUUGAUUCAAAGAUUGUUUUUAAUGUAGAAUUGAAUAUUAAUGAUUACUGAUUUUUUAAUUAAAUUUUGAUUAAAGAGAAUUUCAUUAUUUUUAAAAUUAUAGAUUCGUUUCAAAAUUUGGAUGAUUUAAUUGGUAGAAAAAUCGUUUUUCAACAAUUUGGUUAAGCGAUUAGUUCGUUUCUUUUCCUACAGUGGGCACUAGUAUACAAUGUCAUUUCUGUGGUUUCCCGGUUAACCUGUUGCUUGUAGAAUUAUGUAAUCUUGUUGUUUAAUACUUAUAUUUUGUAAACUUUUUAAUUUUUUUUAUUUUUAUUCAGUUUUUCUAAAGAAUUUUUCUUAAAACGAGUUGAAUAAGCAUAAGUUCCAAGCAUCGGAAAUAUACAAUAAUUGUUUCAAUAGACAAAUUCUGUCAAUUAGAUUUUUUAUAAUGAAGUUUGUUAUAAAAAGAAAAGCAAUUUAAUGUUAUUUUGAAAACGAGAAAAAAAACAUUAAGAAGAUUAAGACUAUUAUGAGAAAUAUAAAAACAAAAAAGAAAGUAAAAUUGUUAAUAUUAAUAUAAAAUAAUUUUUAAGGAAACGUCCAAAAGAAGACGUAACAAAAGGAAUAAUUAAUUUAUAUUCGCGUGUAUCUUGCCAUUACCAUUUUAUUACUAUUAUUAAUAUUGUUAAUAUUACUUAAUUACAAUUAUUAUUAAUAUUAAUAUUGUUACUAUUACUAUCAUUAAUGUUAUGAAAUUUCUAGUCCUAGGUUACUUUCGCCUUCACGAAAGAAUAAUUUUUUACUGUUGCGCGUAAAUCAGCGAUUAUAGAAUUCUCGUUGUGCAUGCACAGUAGAAAGAAAAUUGGCGAAGUGCAAAUCUUGAACUAUAAAGAGUAAAAAAUAUAUGUAGAUAUACAAGAAAAACAUUUUAUUCGUAUUAUAUAAAAUUUAAAUUUUAUAAUUUGUGAUAGUAUUUCGAUUUUUCAUUAUUUACAAAUUUUUUUACAACUAUUAAUUUUACUUAGAAUUGAAUAAAACAUUUUAUACUUUUUAAACAUAGAAAUUAUAACAAAAUAUUGAAUUUUAUAAGCAUGAUAGAAACUUUAUAAUUCGAGACUAGGACUUCGAUCAAGUUCACAUUGAACAUAAAUCAUUUUAAUUUUGUUAUUUAAGCGUGUAUACUAUACGUGUUUGUUCCUUCUCCUCAUGUGCGCAGAACUAUAGUUUAAUUAUAUUCAUAAAUACAGUUAUCGAGUCAAAAAUCGAUAUGUAUUUAGACUUUAAUAUUUAGAAUUAUUUAAACGCGAAAUUAAAAAAUAAAAAAAGUAUUGUUUUCAUGUUCCAUUCAUAAUAUGACCGAUCGUUUUUAUAUAUAAAAUUUUUUUAAAAAAAAUAAUAUCUAGAUUUCUUAGCUUAUUUUUAAUUAUUUCGUAUUCAAUAUUAAUUUUAUAAGUAACAUAUUUAUACAUUUUUUUUAUAAUUAAAUACUGAGUGAAAGAGAUGAAAUCAAACAAAUAAAAAAAAUUUGAUAUAUUGAUAUACAGAAAUUAGUGGAAAAUUAACGUUAUAUUUAAAUAGCAAACAAAAAUUGUUAUCUUAAUUUUAAUAUUUUAAUAUAAAAACAUUUUUCGAUUAAAUAAAGAUUUUUGAAAAAUUGUUGAACAGGGUAAAUAUUUACUUAUUACAUUUGUAGAAAUACGAUGAUGUUUUGAAAGAUUAAAAGUUUAUAUGUAAUAUUUAAUGCGAUUCUUCGUUUUAACUAUUAUGAAAGCAUUCCUAAAUAUAUAUUUAUAAAAUAUUUUAAUCUACCAAUGAAAUAAAUUAUCUCUAGAUACUUUUAUUAUGAUUUUCAGUAUAUAUAUAUUAUCAUAUACUCGGCAAGAAAAAUACUAAAAAAGUAAAAAUUUAAAAGAUGUUAUAAAAUUUUAAAAAUUUCAAUAUCUUUCAAAGCAUUGCUAUAUAUUUGCUAUACGAUGAUACUAUUAAAUCAAUAGAAAAAAAUAAAAUUGUUUAUCUAUUAUGAUCAAUUGUUGUUUAACUACUCCAUUGUUCAACAAAAUAUAACAGAAAAAAUUUAUGAUCUUCGUGAAUUACAAAUAUAAAUCAUUUAUAAAUUUUUUUAUAUCGUAUUUCAUUAUAUUCGCGUUUAGAUAGAUCAAUGUACAUACUAUGUAAAACAAUUCAGAAUAGAGAAAUAUAUUACAUAUGUUCUGAAUUGUAUUCGAAUUGGGCAGGGUAAUAUUGUACUGAAUGAAAAUAUGUAAAUUUUACGGUAUAAUGUUAUAUCGAAUUUGUAAGUAGUGUAGAAAUAGAGUAUUUUGCACGUAACGAAAUAUACAAAUGACAAUACACAAAUUAAAUUAUUUGUUAGGUCCAUGAACAUAGUACAAAAGUGUUUUAGCUUUAUGUACUGGUACUUACAAGAAAUGUAUUUAGUAUGUACCUAGUUAAGGAAAAAAUAAAUUAUUCUGAACAGAUAA